UGUUUGGUGGAAACUGAUAUGCGGGAACAGCGGGCUAAAGGUUAGCGAAGAUGGACAACGCAUCGAUGUCUCACGCAUCCAGCUCUUCCCUGCUCUUCCCUGCGAGUCCGUCGUGCAGCAUAACUCCCACAAUACUGCAGAUCUACUGCUAUCGACAUUGUUGUUUGCAACCACCUCAGGCUGGAUUAAUCCGACAUCACGACUAUCUCCAACAACUGAACUGGACUUCUUGCCGCUGGCUAAUAGAAGUAAACUCGACCCAUCAUCCGACAAAUCAAGCUCGCCCCAGAAGAUUUUGCCUUUUUUCUAUUUUUUUGCACAGGAGCCAUAUAUCAUCCCAAAUGAGUUGUGUCCAAACCCAAACCUGUGGGAACCUACAGCUGGAUACCAUGGCUGGUUUCAAUCCACAGAAAAACUCCACUAGGACCAAGGCUGCCGCCAGGUAUAUUGUUAUUUCCCUACGCAAUGCUUUUCUGCUUUUUUGUCUGCAAAUCGCAAGUCAUGUUGUCCGAAAUCAAUGUUUUCCUUGCAACGCAACCUCAAACGACACCUUCAUCUGCCGCUCCAGGGACUAUUUCCGGAUUUUCCGUUGUACCACAGGUCUUAUCUAUCAUCCAGGCAUUCCCAAUGGUUUCAUUUGUUCACGUCCAACCAAGGCUUCAUCAUGUGACUAGUUCACUGCAGAAAACAUUGUACAAUAGGCCUCGGCCUGAGUAAG